AUGAACCCGCAGAUCUCGCUGCCGCGCCAUGGCGGGCCCUCGACCAACUUCGGCGGCACCGCGCCCAGCAACCGCCGCCAGGGCGUCAAGAUGCCGCGCUUCUUCAAGCGCCUCUUCAAAUUCCCGCAGAUGGACUUCGAGACUGCCGUCUGGGAGAUGAUGAGCCUCAUAAUAGCACCGAAGAAGGUGUUUCGCUCUAUAUACUACCAUGUAAGGCAAUCUGCGCCUUUUGCGACGCAAACGAAGAAUACCUGGCACCGGCCUGAUCCCGCCUUCACCUAUCUGCUGUCGUUCUUUCUGAUCCUGACCUCGCUCGCUUGGGGUCUGGCCUACGCCGACGGCUUCGGCAAGACGCUGCGCAUAAUGCUAGUCUUCGUCUUCGUGCACUUCAUCGGCCUGUCUCUCGCCGUCGCGACGGCUGCGUACUUCUUGGUUGGAAGGCUGCUCGGUCCGGGUGUGCCUGGCUUACCCGGCCGGCGGAGACAAGGCCUCUUUGUGCAGCCAGGAGACGGAGAGCAGCUGGAAUUCGGGUACUGCUUUGACGUCUCGAUUCGCGCGUUCUUCCCAGUCUGGUUCUUCCUCUACGUCAUUCAGUUCCUUCUGAUGCCUCUGAUUGCGCGCGACUUUUGGGUUUCCUCGCUCGUUGGAAACUCGUUGUACCUGCUCGCUUUUGGGUAUUACACCGUGAUCACUUUUCUGGGUUACAAUGCUCUCCCUUUCCUCCACCACACCGAACUUCUCCUUACCCCUGUCGCCGUUUUCACUAUUCUCUGGUUUAUUAGCCUGUUCGGUGCCAACCUGCCCAAACAUUUGGCACCCGUGUUGUGGGCGGGAGCCAAGUUGCGCAAGUCAGUGUGA